AUGAUGUUUUAGAGCUUUAAAAAAAAACUAAAAAAAAAUAAAAAACAAAAUAAAAGAAUCAAGAAAUAUCAAUAAAAGUCAUAAUAAAUAUAAUAAAUAAUAAUCAAUCAAUAAUAAUCAAUCAUCAUAAUCACUAAAUAUUAUAAAUUUUUUUUUUUAGAAUUUAAUCAAAUAAAAUUUAUAUUAAAACUAAUUUAAAAAAAAAAGACUUCCCAAAUAAAACAAACCCAACUAAAAUAGCAAUAAGAGAAUAAUUAAUUAUUGUAAUCAUAACAAAAUCAUUUCUAUUAAACAGCAAUAGAACAAUUUUCUUUAUAGAGUUAUUAGUGUGUUUAGAAUAUAAAACCAAAUAUAUAUUUUUUUUGUGUUGUUUUAUUUUUUUUUAAAAUUAUCUAAUUUUUUUUUAUCAAACGAAUCAAUUUUAAAAAAAAAUCAAUAAAGAGAAAAAAAGAAGACCAGUUGUAUUAUUAUUUAGAAAUCAGAAAUAUAUAUAUAUAGAAAGAAGAAAAAGAGUCAAGUUUUUUUUUUAUUUCAAUAAAAUUUAAAAAUGUCAGGAAUUGCAGCAUUAGAACCAUUCGUUGGAAAAGAGGAUCCAGUUGAACUUUUUGAACUUAUUGAAGAAAUUGCAGAGGGUUCAUUUGGUACAGUCUAUAAAGGUAAACAUUUACCAACUGGUAAUAUUAUGGCAGUUAAAAUUAUUGCAUUAGACGAAGAUGAAACCUUUGAAGAUUUAGUAGUAGAAAUAGACAUUUUAAAUAGAUGUAGCCAUAAUAAUAUUGUUAAAUAUUACGGCAGUUGGGUUAAAGGGGAUGAAUUAUUUAUUGCUAUGGAAUGUUGUGGAGGUGGUUCAAUUACAGAAAUUUAUCAAGAAUUAAAUGCACCAUUAACAGAAGGUCAAAUUGCAUAUGUAUGUCGUGAAACUUUGAAGGGUUUAGAAUAUCUUCAUAAUACUGGUGUUAUUCAUAGGGAUCUUAAAGGUGCAAAUAUUUUAUUAACCGAAUCUGGUGAUGUUAAACUCGCUGAUUUUGGUGUUAGUGGUUUAUUAGAUAAAAAUAGUAAACGUAAUACAUUUAUUGGUACACCAUAUUGGAUGGCACCAGAAGUUAUCGAAAAUAGAAGCAACCCAGUUCCAUAUGAUACCAAAGCAGAUAUUUGGUCUUUAGGUAUUACUUUAAUAGAGUUAGCAGAGGCAGAGCCACCAUUAUCAGAAAUUCAUCCAAUGAAAGUACUUUUCCAAAUUCCAUAUCGUGAUCCACCAAAAUUAAAGAGCCAAGAAAAUUUUAGUAAAGAUUUUAUUAAUUUUGUUCAAUUAUGUCUUCAAAAGGAUCCAAAUCAAAGAAAAACAGCAGCAGAAUUAUUAAAGCAUCCAUUUGUAGUAAAUACUAAAGAGAAGGUAGUUUUACAUGACAUUAUCGCUAAAUAUAGAAAGGUUAGACAGGCUGAAAUGGAAAUGGAUGAGGAAGAAGAAGAAAGUGAGGAUAUCGAUUCAGAUGAAAAAGAUGAAUCUUUACACGAGUCAAGUAAUGGUAAGCAUGGUACUUCAAGUAAAUUAAAGAAAUCACAUGGUACAGGUGAUAGAAAAUCAACAGGCGCUCACUCAUCACCACCAGCUUCACCAGCUCCAAGAAAAUCUACAGGUCACAAUUUACCAUUACCACAAUUAAAUGGUCAAGAAAAUUCUUCAAUUAACAAAUCAAGUGAUAGACUUUCAGUUAGAACUGCACCAUCAGCUGUUACAAAUACUACAACCACAACCACUAGUACUUCAUCUAGCACCAAUACCACUUCAAAAUCUAAUAAUGCCAAAUCAAGUGACGAUAGAUCACCCGAUAUUAGAACUAAUAGAAAGGCCGGUAGACCAGUUACCAUUAGAAAAACAAUGGAAAAGAGAAAUGAAGCAAUCAAAAAGGUUGUUAAUGCUAAGUUAAUGAAACAACAACUUAAGGAUAUCAAAAAACAACAACAAGAACAGACUGAAGAAGAAGAAUCACUCCACAAACAACAACAAAAAGAUAAAGAAGAGUUAUUAAAACAAAAUGCUGGUAGGGCUACAUCUCAACAAAAACAAGCUCAAGCUAAAGAGGAUAAGAUGCAAAAACAACAUAAACUCGAGAAAGAAAAUCUUUCAAGACAACAAAAGGCCGAUAGAGAACAACUUAUCAAAAAGAAUCAAUCUGAGGGAAGACAACAACGUACUAAAGUUAUUGAUCAUCAAAAACAACAACAAAAAGAACACAAAGAUCAACAAAAACAACAUCAAAAACAAAAAGAACACGAAUUUAAAGAUCAAAAUAAAGUUCUCGAUAAAUCAACACCAAAGAAACUAAGUAAACAUAUCCAAAUUCAUCAAAAAGUAAUUAGAGAGCAUGAAAUAUUCAUUCAAGAUCUUAUUUUCCAACAAAAACAAGAUUUCCAAAAACUUUUAGAUGAUCAAACUAACUCUACACAAAAUCAACAUUUAGAGCAAAAACAACAAACUGAACAAUUACAAGCAUGGCACACUCAACAAAAUUCUCAAAUUCAACAGUUACAACAAAUUCAAUUUGAAAACUUUAAUGAAUAUCACAGUGUACUUCGUGAAAAUAUAAAUGAUGAACAUCAAAUAGCAAAGAGCCACCUUGAACAAUUACAUAAAACCGAAACCAAUCAUCUCAAACAAAGACAAAUUACUGAAACUGAACAACAUCUCAAACAAACUGUUAUCGAACAAAAACACGCCACCAAAGAAUUUAAAUUAAAACAAACCAAUCAAUUUAAAGAGUUUUUAAACAAAUUAAAGAAAGAAUUAAAAGACGAAAAGGGAAAUAAAAAACAAUUACAACACCAACAUAAGGAACAAAAGAAACAAUUUGAAUUAAAUUUAAAUAAUCAAGAGAUUGAAUUCCAAAAGAAACUCACACAUCAAAAAGAAGAGGAAGAUGAAAUUCUCCAACGUCAUCAACAAGAUUCAUUCUUGAGACUUCAAGAUAAACAAGCAGGUAUCAUUAGAGAUUUAGAGGAACACCAUAAAGCACAAAAAGCUCACUUUGAAACUGAAUAUACAUUCAACGAAGAAGAAAUGCUCAUUGAACAUUAUAGACAAAAGAAAGUGUUAUUAAAACAACAACAUUCAGAACAAAGACAAAUUAAUACUGAACAAUCCCAAAAACAAUAUGCUUUACUUCAAGAACAACAAAAAGAAUCACCAACUCUUCUCUCAGAUCAACAUUUAAGACAAAAAGAGUGCAUUGAAGAACAACAAAAGGAACGUUUAUCACUUCAACAAGAAGAGCAUCGUAUUCAACAAGAGUCAUUAAAGAAACAAGAGCAAAAGAAGAAGGGCUCAGUCACCGAUCUUCCAGCUUCAUUGGCCUCAAUGCAAUUGGAACAAUCAAAACAAUUACAACAACUUUCUCAACAACUUCAAUUUGAAUUGGCUUCAAUGUUUGAAAGACACCAAAAAGAAACCCAACAACUUCAAGUUGAGUUACAAGUUGUUCAUGAAAAAUUACAAUCCGAUCAACAAAAAGUACUCCACGAUCUUACCGAAGAACAAAAGAAAUCAACUUUGAAAUUAAAAUCUGAAUCUCCAUCCUGUAAAGAAAAUCCACUUCAUAAAAAGAAACCAACAGGCACCACACCACCUUCAACUACACUUAACCAAAAAUCUUUAUCAAAUUCAAAUGGUGCUUCUAAUUCAACUUCUUCCUUAAGUGCUCAUAAUACUCCAGUUUUACCUCAUAAUAUGAAACAUCAAAGAUCUUUUUCAACUAGUUUACCAAAUUUUAAAUUUGAAAAUCAAGAUAAUUAAUUUAAUAAUAAUAAUAAUAAUAAUAAUAAAAAUAAUAAUAAUAACAACAAUAAUAAUAAUAAUAAUAAGAAUAAUAAUAUAAUGGUUAACAUAGUAUAAUAAUAAUAUAUAUUUUUUUUAAAAAAAAAAUAUAAUUUUUUCCAAUUUGUUUAUUUAUUUUUAAAAAAAAGAAAUAUGUUUUAUUUUUUUUCUUUUUGUAAUUGAAAAAAAUCUAAAAUAAUAUUAAUAAAUUUGUGCCUCUUUUUUUUUUUUUUGAAAAAGGCAAAAAAAAAAAAAAACAAAUAAUAAAAAACUAUAAAUAAUUUAAUUUAUUUAUUUUAC